AUGGCCGAGCCCGUGGCCCCUCCUUUGUCGGGGGUGAAAGCAGCCGCGUCGACGAUAGAGUCGACUGCUGCAAAACCAGAUGUGUCGGAGAAGGUUCAUCCACCUCGGGCUUCCCGGCCUCCUAGACCAAAUUACAGGCACAUUCAUCGCUUUCCUCUUCCAGUCAAUGUGCAUCACGUUCCUUCAGUAAUUCCUCAUAACCCUCUGUCUAUCAUAAGCGUUGCCCUCUCGUACCUCACCUUUCUUGUCUCCCCUCCUCGUCAGGAAAUUCUCUCUGCAUACUUCGACUCGGCUACCUCAUCCGUCCAUGUUAGCGAUGAGAAGACGAUCCGAGCUCUGUGGGAGAUGGGGUUCUUCGGUAAAGGUAGUCUGAGUCGAAGUGAGCCUACUUGGCUGGAGCAGGAAAAAAAGAGGAGGGGUUUGAUGGGCGGAAGCACGGUUGAAGAGGCUACAAGGAAACGUCGGGCUGAACGAAGGCAGCUCAAGCUUGAGCGAGCAAGACAUGAGAAGCUUGCUGUGGAAGAGAGGUUGAGGGCUGAGGCUGCCGCCCGUGAAAACGGCGCUUCUCAUGGACUCCUGGUGGAUGAGGCUGCAGACGCACCCGCCAUCUCUGUGGAGAAGUUCUCCGUGAAGAGAGCCAUGGAAGCCAAGUUCCUCGAGAGACGGCAACAAGCAAUGCAAAACAGAGAGACCGCCCAGUUGGUUGACUCGACAAAUUCGUUGUCCUCGCCCUUCGAGAAUCAGGGGCCUCUGCCGAUCUCCACGACUCCGAUUCAAAACCUCGAUGACGAGUUGGAUUUGGACAUUUUUGACAACGAAGAGCAUCUCCAACUUUCCAACGAAGAAGCUUUCUUCUUGGUUUACGCCCUGGGCGCUUUGCGCAUCGUCGACCGCACAACCAAUGUCGCCAUUCCGACUCCGUCUCUCCUGAACACCCUUCGCCGUCACUCUUACUACCCUCCCCGUCCCGAGGGUGGUCCUCUAAAGGUUGAUGACCCGUUCAUGAUAUCAUACGCGGUGUACCAUCACUUCCGCUCCCUCGGAUGGGUCGUACGCUCCGGAGUGAAAUUCGGAACCGAUUAUCUUCUCUACAACCGUGGGCCGGUUUUCUCUCACGCCGAGUUCGCAGUCAUCAUUAUUCCAUCUUACAGUCACGAGUUCUGGUCUUCAACGGAAGAUCUCAAGAAACACGCGACUGAAAAGCAAUCUCGAAGCUGGUGGUGGCUACACUGUGUGAAUCGCGUACAGGCUCAAGUGAAAAAGAGUCUGGUCAUCUGCUACGUUGACGUUCCCCCUCCUGCCGGAAGGCCUGCAGACGUUGGUGCGGAUCUCAAUCGGUAUCGGAUUCGUGAAUUCCUUCUUCGACGAUGGGUUCCAAAUCGCACGCGGGAUUAA